UUUUAUCAAAGCAUUUAUAUUGUUUUAUAUUACAAACUUCAUUUUAUUUGUUCUCUAUGGAAAAAUUACUAUUAUUUUUAUUCUGUACAAAUGUAAUGUCUUGGAAUUUCGAAACCAAGACUGCGAUUACAUUUAAAGGUCAUCCUGGUUCUUAUUUCGGAUUUUCUGUGGCCAUACACAAAAACAAUCAAGGAAUUAUACCUUUAAUUACCGCGACGAAAGCCAACUCAACGGGUGCGUUGUACAGGUGUGAUAUAAAUAGUAGAAAAUGUGAAAACGUUGUUUUAAAUCAUGAGAUGAAAAUCAAUGAAAUAAAGAAAAAUAUGUGGCUCGGUGUAAGUUUGGAUGUACAAAAGAAGGAAAACGGACAUAUUGUAGUAUGCGGACAUUUAUGGAAAUUAUUUAUAUUUGUCCGAGAUGAGGAAAUAUACGAACAUCAUUUACCUUUAGGCACGUGUUACAUAUUAAAUCCAGAGAUGACUUUAGUGAAGAGAAUUAGUCCGUUUGAACAUGAAAUAAAUAAUGUGACAAAAUUUAAUUUUCGUCGUUUUUCAACUGCUGGAGUUGGAAUAUCAGCUUCUUUUACAUACGACGAGAAUGGUUUACUAAUUGGAUCAUCCGGUUUUAACUAUUUUAGAGGAGCUGUGAUAAGAUAUAAAUUUUUAAACAAUAAUUUUUAUGUUAAUACUCCUUCUACUUUUGAGUUACAUGUUCAAGAUUUUAAUACUUACAUUGGUUAUUCUGUAUCGUCCGGAAAAUUCUUUGAUGCCUAUGGAUCCAUUUAUGUAACAGGAACACCAAGAGAAGGAAAAUAUAAAGGAAAAGUUUACACUUUUGAUGAGACUUACGCGAUUGAUAGGGAAUUAGAAGGAUUUCAAAUAGGGGAGUAUUUUGGGGCAGCCAUUUUAAGUGUGGAUGUGAAUAACGACGGUUUGACUGAUUUAUUUGUUGGUGCUCCUUUGUAUUCUACUAAAUCUGGCGGGGACGAAGGAAGGGUCUAUAUUUAUCUUAGUGACGGUAAACAUCUACAAUACCAAUCAAAUUUAUAUGGAUCUUCUAUUAAAGGAAGCCGGUUUGGCACCAGUUUAGCUCAUAUUGGCGAUAUUAAUCACGAUAAAUUUUCAGAUAUUGCCGUUGGGGCACCAUACGAAUUAGAAAGAGGAGCAAUAUAUAUUUACCACGGUUCUUCCAAUGGAAUUAAAUCCGAAUUUGUUCAGAGAAUUUUUGCGGCCGACGUAGAUCGACAUUUAAUGGGUUUCGGUAUAUCUAUAUCGAAACCGUAUGACGUAGAUUUUAAUAAUUAUCCAGACAUUGUCGUUGGGUCAUAUUUAUCGGACGAUGCUGUCCUUUUAAGAACUCGUCCCAUUGUUCGGAUAUUUCCUCACAUGGAAUUUCAACCCCGCCAAAUAUAUCCUAAUAAUUCAACCUGCAACCUCACCACGGGACUUUGUUUCAAAGCCAUAUUGUGUUUGAGAUACGAAGGCUCUUUUGUGCCUGCCACACUCGAUUUUACUGUGGAACUACGCGCAUUUCGAAUAAAAAAUGAACUCCAGCCCAAAGAAUACUUUAUAGAUCAGAAUUUACCGGUUUCGAUGAAACGUGAUAAAAUUACAGCUAGAUACAACGAAAAUGAAUGUCAUAUAUACGAAGUUUAUAUCCGCGACGAUUCCGACGAUCGAAUAACACCGAUACAAAUAAAUGUUGAUGUAUAUUUAACUCAUAACACAACGAAAGAAACACAAUUUUGUAAAGAUUGUCCCAUUUUAGAUCCGACAUUUCCUCAUUCUAAGAGCAAAGUGAUAACAUUUCUUACUGGCUGCGCUCGUGAAGAUAAAUGCUUUUCCGAUCUCACACUGGAGGCCCAUGUAUUUGGUCUGAGUAACGGAGAAUUGAUCCUCGGUAAAGACAAAGAGAUCACCAUUAUUGCCGAAAUUCAAAAUUUCAACGAACCGGCUUUCAUGACCGAAAUGUGGAUUUAUUUACCCGAAAAUAUGGAACUGAUCAACGGAGAAAACUGUAAAAGAUUACAAGAAAUGUCUAAAGAAUUAACUUUAAUCUGUCUGAUUGGAAAUCCUUUCGAUAAGAAAUCGGCAAGACACGAAAUUAAACUGGAUUCAUCUAAACUAUUAUAUUCCUUGGAUAAUAUAUCUAUUGUUAUGAAUUUGACGACGCUGAGCGAAGAAAGUAAUCUAGCCGAUAAUCUGGUUAAUAUCACGAUACCUAUAAAAUUAUCUGCAGACUUCAGUAUAACCGGACGCCCAGAACCAGAGCUGAUUUUAUUGAAGAAAGACGAAUCUCAUCGAAAUCUUUAUGAAUUCGUCCAUAUUUACAAUGUCAUGAAACAUUUGUAUAGUCCCAUUUCUCUUGUCACAGUAACGUUCUCAAUUCCAACCACUUUCACCGAUACGAAAAUAAAAUUUGUAAAUUCCAAAAACUUAACAAUUUUUAAUCCGGAUUUCGAGUUCGAUUCUGUCACCUGCAAUUUCACGAAUGUCGAAACAGCAAAUGACGACUCGGAAAGCGAUGGUCUGAAUUUCACAAUUUCAAAUAUCAAGUCGAAAAGAAAUAGUAAUAACCUGAUUUCAGUGGACAGAAGCAAGAAUCUGAUACUUAAUUGUGUAACGUCAGUAUGCGAAAACGUUGUAUGUUCUGUUGGUCCCUUUGAUGAUAAAAAGAAAAGCUCGACUUUCUACAUAAAAGGAUAUAUAAAUGCCGAAGUCCUCAGCUCAAAUUUGAAAGAAUGGGAUAAUAUCACAUUCUCUUCACAAGGAAAACUGACGAUCGAAGAAGAGAGAAUUAUUGUUCAAUCUAGAAGUCAUCUACCACACGAAACUGAAGUCUCAACGAACGUAGUACUUUCCAUUACUUUAAAGAGCGCUAAGAUUUCAAAAUGGGUCUUGCCCGUUAGCAUUGUUUGUGGGAUCAUCAUAAUCGGAAUCAUUGUUGCAAUAUUACUAAAGAUGGGAUUUUUUCGAAGAAAACGAAAAGAAGCUGUUGAAACGUUAAAAGCUAACUUAUUACAACAGCAAUCGAUAACUAACGCGGAAAAUAUCGAUGAAAAUUAAUAAACGCGUGAGAUCUAUUAUAUAAAGUUUCUGAAUAUAUAGUAACAUAUAUACUGCUUAUCUAUUCGUUCUCUUUAUCACUUAGGAAAGUGGAGUUGUGCUAUUUAAAACUUUACAUUAGAAUCAAGCUUUCAAGUGAUAAACUGGGUUCGAUUCAACAUCCUGACAGGAUUAUUUACUUGUUAUAUAACAAAGAUAUAAUAAUUUCUAUAUGUAGAAAGCCAAAUUAAUGUUUGUUUUAUCGAAAUUAUAAAAUUUUUAAAGAGUGUGAUUAUUUAUUAUUUUUUCAUG